AUACGUCAUACAAGUAAUUAAUUAAUUAAUUUGGACAUUUACUUCCAUCCAACACCAACAGGCCUCAUGAGUCAUGACAAGCUUUGGUUCAUGGUUCAUGGUUCAUGGUUGAACCCGUGGUAGCUUGAUCUGAUCACACCCCAUAUUGGGGUGUUUUCUUAUUAUCAGUCACAUUUAAUAUACUGUAGCCCAUAUUGGGCAGCUAACAAUAUCACGAAUAUCAGGCAUUUAAUUUCGCACAUAAAUAAACUAAAAAGUCAUCCCCACCUAGGCACCUACCUCUACUGCUAUAUCCAAGAAUAGAAUACUCGUAGUCCGUCCAUGUACUUAAUAAUGAUAAUAAGUUGUUGAAACUUGUAAAGUGUAUAAUCAGCCAUUCACCGUUAAGCAGUGGUCAAUUUAUCAACUAUUCACGUGGCUACCUCUUCUUCAACACCUGCUAUUCUCUCUCUCUUUCUCUCUAUUUCAUCUCAGAAAUUUUAGAAACAGAUUAUAAUGGAGAUUUUGAUUCAGAGAAACCAACUGAUUUCCGCUGGGUUGAGUGUUGAAGAAGCUGACAUCUUUUAUAAGACCCUUCAACACAUAAUUUCCAGUGUUGCUGCUGCUGAUGUCAGCCGUGCUCCGGCUGAGGUGUGGCGUGAAGUGGUCUCCAGAAAGCUGCUUAAACCCCAACACCCUCACGCUCUUCAUCUCUUGCUCUUCAACACGCUCUACUCUCAUUGGGACUCUUCUGUCCUCGGUCCUCCUCUUUACUGGUUCCCUUCCCCAUAUGAAUCUUGCUAUACAAAUUUGGGUCGUUUGAUGGAGGUCCAUGGUCCUAGGCUUUUGGGGAAGUCAUACCAGGAUCCUGUUACUAGUUUUUCCACCUUUCAAAAGUUCACUGUUGACAAUCCUGAGAUUUAUUGGUCCUUGGUUCUUAAGGAACUUUCAAUUUGGUUUCGUCAACCACCAAGGCGUAUCCUUGAUGAUACAGACAAGUCGAAACCCGGUGGAACGUGGUUUCCCGGUGCUGUUCUUAAUAUAGCCGAGUGUUGUUUGUUACCUAUAAGUCAUCCUAGGAAAAUGGAUAGCAGUGUGGCUAUUGUAUGGAGAGCUGAAGGAGCUGAUCAUUUGCCUGUUCAGCAAUUGACUUUGAAACAACUAAGAGAACAAGUAAUGUUGGUUGCUAAUGCUUUGGAUGCUACUUUUGCUAAGGGUGAUGUCAUUGCAGUUGAUAUGCAAAUGACUCCAGAUGCAGUGAUCAUAUAUCUGGCAAUAAUUCUAUCAGGUCGUAUUGUUGUAACAAUUGCUGAUAGUUUUGCUGCUAAGGAAAUCGCUACUCGUUUGCGUAUUUCCAAAGCUAAUGGUAUCUUUACUCAGGAUUACAUCUUAAGAGGAGGUCGAAGAUUUCCUUUAUAUAGCCGAGUUUUGGAAGCUUCUCCAUACAUUGCUAUUGUGGUCCCAGCUGUGGAGGAAUCUGUAGAUUUGUCAUUAAGGAAACAGGACAUAUUAUGGAAAGAUUUUCUAGCACGAGGGGGCCAGAUCACAAGACCUCAUGAAUACUCCCCAGUGUACCAACCAGUGGAUUCUAUAACCCACAUACUCUUCUCAUCUGGGACUACUGGGGAUCCAAAGGCAGUACCUUGGACUCAGCUAUCUCCAAUCCGAGCUGCUGCUGAUUCAUGGGCACACUCGGAUGUUCAAGUUGGAGAUGUCAUGUGUUGGCCAACAAAUUUAGGAUGGGUGGUGGGACCUAUAUUGCUCUAUGGAUGCUUUUUGAGCGGCGCAACUCUUGCUCUGUAUCAUGGAUCACCUCUUGGGCGGGGUUUUGGAAAAUUUGUUCAGGAUGCUAGGGUUACUUUAUUGGGAACUGUGCCAAGUCUUGUGAAGACUUGGAGAAAUACACAUUGUAUGGAUGGCCUAGAUUGGACAAGAGUUAGGGCAUUUGCUUCCUCUGGAGAAGCCUCCAAUGUAGAUGAUGACCUUUGGCUUUCAUCAAGGGCUUAUUAUAAACCGGUCAUUGAAUGUUGCGGAGGCACAGAGCUAGCAGGAAGUUAUGUUCAAGGCAGUCUGCUGCAACCGCAAGCCUUUGGGACAUUCAGUACUCCAACAAUGUCAACAGGAUUUGUGAUCCUUGAUGAUUGUGGCAAUCCUUAUCCAGAUGAUCAAUCAUGUGAAGGUGAAGUGGCUUUAUUUCCUUUGCUUCCAGGAGCAACAGACAGAUUAUUGAAUGCUGAUCAUGAUGAGGUGUAUUUCAAGGGAAUGCCUCUAUACAAAGGAAUGCGCCUCAGGAGACAUGGAGAUAUUGUUAAGAGAAGUGUUGGAGGGUACUUUGUUGUACAGGGCAGGGCUGAUGAUACCAUGAAUCUUGGAGGUAUCAAGACAAGUUCUGUUGAAAUUGAGAGGGCAUGCAACCAGGCUGAUGACAGGGUGCUGGAGACUGCAGCAGUUAGCGUUGCUCCACCACAAGGUGGUCCUGAAUUGCUGGUUGUAUGUGUGGUUCUAAAGGACGGAAUCAAUGCUGAUCCAGUAAAGCUAAGGAUACAGUUCUCAAAAGCCAUUCAGCGUAGCCUUAAUCCUCUUUUUAAGGUGAGCUUGGUGAAAAUUCUUCCGGAAUUUCCACGAACUGUCACAAACAAAUUACUGAGGCGAGUUUUGAGAGAACAGGUGAGGCAAGAUUUAUCAGUAAGAAGCCGGAUUUGAAGCAAUGAGCUGUGCUUGCUUGGCAUUUCAGUACAUAUGUCCCUCCACCAUGAUGGCAUAAAAUCUAGAGAAGUGUUGAAUCGGAAAAUGUAUACUGGUAUAGGAAAUCAGUGUUUGAUUAAGUAGUUCAGCAAUGCAACAUGUUAUUGCUCUUUACUGCAACAAAUAAUAAUGUCAUAUAUGUUCAUUUAAAAUCGUGCAAUUGUUGAAUAAAAGAAAGCUGGCUUA